GGGAGCGCCACUAUACAAAAUUUAUUUCUCAAGAGAAAUGUCAAAAAUAGCGUUUAACAUCUGCAAUGAUUCUACACGUAAUUUUUGUUCGUUUUUGACAAAUGGAAUCUUAUUUUUAUAAAUGAAGGUUUACCCGUGGAGAUGAGUUUUUUGAAUUGUUGCAAAAUUUUUAUUUUUACAAAUAAAUUGUUCUCGGAAGAGGACAUUUUUGAUACGAUUUUUUUCAAAGAAAAUGAAAAUUUUUCAUAAAUUCGAAAUAACCAUCUUUUCGUUUAAACUUUUAUCUUUAAAAUAAGACCUUGUUCGUCAAAAUCGAUCAGUAAUUAUGCUCAAAUUUAUUGCUGGCGUAAACCCUCACAAAAAUAGGAAUGAUGAAUAACAGCCUUAUAACCUUUCACUUUUAAACUGGGAUACAUUGUGAAUACGAUUUCUACGGCGAUGUUAAUUCUAGAAAGUAGUUUUAUUUUGCAUUUAUAUAUUCUAUAAGUAACUUUAUGCUGUCCAUAGAAUAUUAUUAAACUAUUAAUUGACAUAAGUUCAUGAAAAAAUACUCGCAAUUAAUGUUAUGUGUGAUAUAACCUAAUGAAUUGAAAAUUAUAUUUUUUUAAAGAUCUGAAUGAAAAAUUGAUAUAUAUAUUUAAAUAUAAAAAUAAUAGAAAUUAAUCAUGGAUAAUGCUAAUGAUAACACAGUGAAAGUCGUAUUUUUUUCUUUAUUGUUAGAUUUAUUAGCAUUUACUAUGAUAUUACCUUUGUUACCGGCCUUAUUAGAUCAUUACAAAGUAUUAAGUAACAAAGGACUUUAUUCUAUGAUAUCGCAUCAUGUGCAAAGCUUACGGGUACUUUUAAAUGCUCCUGACAAAGUUGAUACUGUUCUAUAUGGAGGUUUUCUAGGCUCUAUGUACUCUUUUUUACAAUUCCUUAGUUCCCCAAUUAUAGGAGCAUUAUCUGAUACUUAUGGAAGGAAACCUUUAAUGCUCUUAUGUUUAACAGGUAUUACAAUGUCAUAUUUAUUAUGGGCACUUUCAAAAAAUUUUGGCAUAUUUGUAUUGGCUAGAUUUGUUGGUGGUAUCAGUAAAGGAAAUAUUAGUUUAUCCAUGGCUAUUAUUUCGGAUGUUACAUCUCCUGAGAAGAGAGGAAAAGCUAUGGCUCUUGUGGGAAUAGCAUUUUCUAUUGGAUUUGUAGUGGGACCAAUGAUAGGAGCAUUUUUUGCAUGGAUUUCAAGUAAUAAUAGAAAUGAAACAUGGUAUAUUGCACCUGCAUUAUUUGCUUCCUUACUUGCUGCAAGUAACUUGUUAUACGUUUUUUAUAACUUGAAAGAAAGUCUACAAGUUAAAUAUAGAGCAAAAACUCUAUUAAGUGGAAUAAUCAAGUCUAUAAUUUAUAUUAAUCCUAUAGAUCUUUUUCAAUUUACUAGUGUAUUGGGUUUAAAUAACAAAGAGCAACACAAUCUGAAGAUGUUAGGUCGUACAUAUUUUAUCUACUUAUUUAUCUAUAGUGGAUUAGAAUUUACCUUAACGUUUCUUACUCAUCACAUAUUUGCAUUUUCGAGUAUGCAACAAGGAUGGAUGUUUCUUGGAAUUGGAUUAAUUAUGGCUAUUUUGCAAGGAGGUUGGGUGAGAAGAGUUCCUUCGCAUAAAACAAAAUCAGUUGCAGAAUUGGGUUUAUGGUUAAUAAUUCCAGCCUUUAUAUGUAUUGGUUUAGCAAAAAAUACGAUGAUGUUAUAUUUUGGAAUAUUUUUAUUUGCUGUUUCAACGGCUAUGGUUGUCACUUGUAUGAUGACAUUAGUUACAAAAAUAGGACCAGAACAUCAAAAAGGUACAAUAACUGGAAUAUUCCGUUCAUUAGGUGCAUUAGCACGUGCAAGUGGACCAAUUGUAGCUUCUGCAGGAUUUUGGUAUUUUGGAAGUACUACAACAUAUCUCAUUGGAGCUGUUUUUUUGUUAUUGCCACCUUUUAUACUUCAUACUAUAAAAUCUCUAUAACAAAACGAAAUCUAUAUUAAACAUAUUUUUACUUAUUAAUAUAUACUACAUAUUUUUAUAUUUGCAAAUUGCAUUCACAGAAGUGCCCUAAAGUAUUGUGUGUUGUUAUAUAAACAAACAAAAAAUAGUCGCUUUUAUUAAAUUAUCGUACGAUCCUACGUGUUGAGAACGUACGCAACACAUAUACAAUUUUUAAUUAUAUGCAUCUAUAUAUAUAUAUAUAUAUAUAUAUAUAUAUAUAUAUAUAUAUAUACAGAAAUUUUAAUUAUGUUUUAACAAGAUAUUUAAUGAAAAAAGUAUUUUUUAAAUAGUAUUAUUGCAAGUAUUAUCUUUUGUAUAAGCAUACUAUGUAAUGUCGUAUAAAGAUUUAUUUAAACAU